AUGACAUCUUUAUCGCCCACAGGCAGCGUCCUCCUCUUUGGCGGUGCAGACGGUAAAAUCUUCUUCGAGGACAUCUUUCUAUUAGAGCCAGCAAGCUACGCAAACUCCAGCAGCAGAUCAUCAGGUGAAGUAGCGCGCAGUAGCCGUCAAGAUGAUGAGGAGACACCAGGACACGCAGCCAUCGACGUUCAAUGGAAAAGGCUGGUGGUAUCGCACGGCACCGCCUUUAACGGCCAAUCUCCGCGCUCUCCCAUGUUCUCGAGUGCUCCAACUAGUAAUACAAGCCCCAGCGCUAUUGGAUCAGGCAUCGAGAGACGUCCACCCGCCUUCAUCCACCCCGGAGGAGGCAGAGACUACCAUUCCAUGCACUACGUGGAAAGCUUUAAGGACGAGGAGAGAACGAGAGGUAUGGCCUUUGAUACACCGACGUUAAGAGUCGAGGAGCUGCGAGUGAGACAGCCAAUGCUGGAGGCCCAGUGGGAAGCACGACGUGUAGAUCACUCUAGUAUGUGGAAACCCAGAGCCAGACACGCUCAUAGUAGCGUGGUGGUGGGAGGAGACCAGGUGUUCGUGUUUGGAGGGAAAGACGCCACUUCGACGACAUUUUUUAACGAUAUUUUCUACUACGACGCGCCGUUGAAUCAGUGGGUCAAGCCUACAGUAAAUCCAACAGGUCAAUUGCCUCAACCGCGAGCAUUCGCAGGCUUAACGGCGAGUCAUGAUGGGAAAACCUUGUUUUUGUUUGGUGGGACUGACGGCAAGCAGGAGUUCGGCUCAUUGUUCCUCUACGAUGUGAUGCACUCUCGUUGGGACUCGCUGGCCAAUGCCACACUGGGGGAUCGACCCACGUGUCGUAUUAACCACUCACUAACGUUUGCUGCGCCGAAUCAUCUUGUGCUAUUCGGUGGUCGACGACGUGCGGUGCGUCAGAAUGAACUCUUUAUUUACAAUGUGAACUCGCGUACUUGGCGUCUUGUCCAUGGCGAAUGGUCAAGAGGAAGCCGUCGCAGGAGCCAGACGGAUGAUUAUGCUCCCGUUGGACGGACAGCUCACGCCACGGUAUUGUUCCACUCAGAACCUGCGGAGCCGAAUGCUGUGCAGAAGCUGCUGAUCUUCGGUGGCUAUGCCGGCGCACACCAAUGGCUGGACGACCUGUACUUACUCUCUUUACCUCAAACUGUGCUGAUGCAAGCACCAACUACAAGCAGAAGCUCUUCUCAGUCAAUUGCAGCAACGCAAACACAGCAACAAGAGCCGGCAGUGUCGUCUGGCGUGGCUAACCCAAGGGUAGGCGCAUCUUCCUCUGGUGCAUUGAAGAAGAACAAGAGACGACGACUUGCAGAUGAUAGUCAAGAGAGCAGUAAUAGCAACAGCAACAGUAGCAAUGGGAGUGGAGAGCUGACCAAUGCUCAGGUUGGGAUCCAGACCAUGUUACUCCAGCUGCUCCAGCAUCAGCCACGGAUGGAAGAUGCACUUGCUCGCAUCACGUCAAUGCUGACAAGAGAGCAGACUGCCCGACAACAACAGAGUUUGAACCAGGAAACGGUGAUGAGAGUGCACAGUGAAGAGCAGAGCAAGCGUCUCGAGGCUGCGAAUCGACGGAACGAGGCGCUGGAGGGACAACUAGCUCGUGCUGAGGCGGAAAGAGCGUCGCUGCACGAGAAGCUCAUGGCUCGCGAGACUGAACUCUACAUGCACAAACACAGUCUCGAGGCGGCGAUACCUCCGUUAAGCGAACGUGUCCAGGCGAUCGAAGCUUCUCACAUACAGCAAUUAAACGUAUCAAGAGUGAUCGAGUCCAAGAUCUCAGCUGUUCAUGACUUUAUGGAUGAACUCCGCAACGCUGGCGGGGAAGGUACAGAGGCUGAUGAUUCCCCACAGCGACAUCUAGGACGUCUAGACGAUAGCGUGGCUUCCCAGCCGACUCCAUCGCCACCCAAGCCAUUGUUGUAUCCACAGCGUGUGGUAUUGGCGCUGGAGGAGAAGAUCCGAGUCAUGCAGUCGGAAAAGAACGCACGUGAAGCACAGGUAAGAGAGCAUUAG